AUGCCGGGGUCGGAAAAAGAGGAAGAUCCUAUGAAGAAUGUAACGUUCUCUGAAGGCAAAAAGUGAGAUCCAGCAAAGUUUCAGCCGCACAAACAGAAGCUUUCAGAUUCGGUGAAUGGAGAAUCGGCAAAGUGUUGGACGAGGGCGGAUUCGGCAGAGUCUACAUUGCAACGAACGUGAACGAUCCGUCGAAGAUCGCCGCGUUGAAAGCCGAAUCGAACGAGGUGGAGGGCGGAUCGGCGAUCAAGUUGGAGGUUUGAAGGUGGUUGCCGGACGGCCAGUUGCAAAGUGUCCCUCUUCAGAAUAUGAUCCUGCAAAAACUCAACAAGAACGGACCGGCGCCCCACAUUCCGGUCGUCUACAUGUGCGCUAAACGGCGUCGCUACUGUACCCUUGACCCCCUUGUUCUACCGUAAUCUACCGUAAUAUCUUGCAGGCUACAUGGUGAUGACGUUGUUGGGCAGCAAUCUGAAAAGUCUCAAGGCGAAGAACAAGGUAGUGAACAACGGAUUCUCGCGCGGAACGUGGAGUCGCGUCGGCAUCCAGUGCCUGUACAGUCUCAAGUUCGUGCACGAUAACGGCUACAUCCAUCGCGACAUUAAACCGCAAAACUUUUUGCUCGGCAACGAGAAAGACCGCGAGCGGGCGCGCAUCGUGCACAUUCUCGACUUUGGACUCGCCCGCCCGUUCGCCAGUUGGGUAAGCGCCGUCUAGUUUCCGCAUCCUAGCCCUCCCCGGGUUUUGCAGAAGGACCGCGAAAAGAAGUGGGUGGUGCGGAAGGCACGUGGAACUGCCGAGUUCCGCGGAACCCUCCGCUACACCUCUCCGAACGUGCACCUCAAGAAGGAGCAGGGACGCGGCGACGACGUCUGGGCCCUUUUGUACGUGCUCAUCGAGCUCAACGGCGGCAAAAUGUUGCCGUGGCAGACGGAGGACGAGCGGGACCGAGUCGAGCAGAUGAAACUGACGAUGAGCCAUCAGAAUGUGAUGGCGAACAUGCCGGGAUGCAUGAGCAAGAUUAUGCCGCACCUGGCGACACUCAACUACUACGAGAGACCCGAUUAUCAGUGAGGGACUAACUGUCGGAUCCUAGGCCAUCCUCGCGUUUCAGUUUGUUCUUCAAAGCUUUGUGGCAAGUGAUGGAGAACGAGAAGGUCACUCCGAGCAGCAAGUACGAUUGGGAGGUGGACGCUCCGGAUGUAAGGGCAAACUUUUUCUUAUGGUUUUAGAAUAUUCGUUCAGAAAAGUCUGCCGGCGGCCGCGUGGGAGAACCCGGCGGGUCCGUUCUUCACCGCCGAUCCGCUCGGAAUCAACAGAGCCCCGAUUCCGGGAAUUCCGGGACAAGAGCCGACGAUUCAGGCAUCGGAGGCGCCGACGGACGCGCUCAAGAGCCCCAAGAUGGACAACGACAAUAGCUCGACGCCGGGGAAGAAGAAGCCGAACAAGAAGUGA